GUUUAGAAAAAUUGAAAACAAAAGCGAGAACAUAUAGAAUAAAUAAAUAAAUAAAAAGCCAGCACAGCCCUUUGAUUUGUUUAUGUAAUUUAUCCGGCAUUUUAAUAGGUGAGAGAGCAUAGAAGCGAAAUCGUGUUUUGGACUGGAUUGGAUGGAACAUGGAAGGCAGCUGGAUCCCAAUGCUCUAUCUAGGGUUCAUAAUAUUGAAAAUCUGGUAAUAAUAAUAAUAAAAAAGUAAUGGAAGGUGACGUUUGGGUGACGCCUAACUUCACGUCUUCUCAUGCGAUUCCCCGUCUUGGUGGUGCUGCUUCCAAUGGCCAUGGCGGGUUGAUUGCUCUCUCUUUGCAUGCCACUCGGAGGUUACCGCCAUCUUCUUUUAAGCAGACAAGACCCCGAGGCUUAAGCCAUCCAACCAUCACAAUAUUUUCUGCACCUACUGCCCCUGGCUCCAACCAGAGUCUUGCUAUUCGAUCAUGGCUUGCUUUGCCCCCUCAAAUCACUGUCGUUUUGUUCACUCAACACCCUUCUUUUGCCUCCGCUUUUGGUUCCCGGGUUUUGGUUGAUUCCACUACUGAUUUCACGUUCCUUGGCACCCCAUUCUUUCAUUCCAUGCUUGAAAAAUCACGGUUAUACACGACAGGUAUUACUGUUUUUGUUGAUCCACGGACGGUUCGUGUGUCUGACCUCAUUUCCACCUUAAAUUAUGCUUACGAACUUGACCGUAAUUGGCUUCUUGUGGCUUCGUUACGAAACGUUGCCUACUUCCCGUUCCAUUUGGAUGAUGCUGGGGAACACUGGCUUAGAGAGGAUGGCCAAAGGUUCCGACAGUUGCAGGGGAUGCUUGGUCAUCAUUGGCAGUGGAAUCAUUGUGAGGACAGAAUGCUUAUGGCAUGGAACAACAGAAAUCUACCUUUACAUAAUGGAGUACUUCCUCCUUUCUUGUAUGGCAAGGGGUUUCACAUCCACUGGAUCAUCAAUGAGGCUGUCUUUUCUGAAUUUAUGCUUGCCUUCGAUGCAAGUUGGACCAUCUCAUGUUUCUCUCUUAAUUAUCCCGAACACUGGUCUGAACAGUCAGGCAGAGGAUCCAGUGCUUUAGAGAUUGAAAACAGAAGCUGGGAAGACAGUGGUAAUUCCCAUCCGGGUGCAAUAUAUGCCUCAAUGUUUUUCCAUGAAAUUAAUUAUACUGGUCUAGUAAAGCUUUUGAAUUGUGAGGGGAAAUAUAUUUUUGUUGACAUAACAGAAGACAUUGUUUAUCCAUCUGUGUGCCAGACAGGAAGUCAGUGGACUAGAAGGGUUUUGAGUCCUUUUACCAUCAGGAAAAAUAUGGAUUCUGCUGAAAAUGUCAAAUCACAAAACAGAAUAUUAAAUUGCUCUCUGAGAGAUCAGUUAAAGUCAUUGGGCUCAUUAGAUUUUCCAUUUUCUUUGGAGUCACUCCUUUCAAUAACUGCAGACAAGAAUAAAACAAUCGUGCUUGCUGUUGCUGGGUAUAGUUACAAGGACAUGCUAAUGAGUUGGGUGUGCAGAUUACGCCUCCCCCAGGUCACAAAUUUCAUCAUUUGUGCUCUUGAUCAUGGAACAUAUCAGUUCUCUGUCUUACAGGGCUUACCUGUUUUCCAUGAUCCAUCAGCCCCAAGAAACAUCAGCUUUGACGAUUGCCACUUUGGAACAGCAUGCUUUCAGAGAGUCACCAAAGUGAAGUCCAGAAUGGUUUGGAAGAUACUGAAACUCGGGUACAACGUACUUCUAAGUGAUGUGGAUGUUUAUUGGUUUGGGAAUCCAUUACCAUUACUUUAUUCAUUUCGUCCUGGUGUUCUUGUGGCACAGUCCGACGAGUACCAUGACACAGCUGCUAUGGAGAAAGUGGUAAAACAUGCAGCAACAUCAAACCUGUCUGAACAGCCAAGCUUCUAUGACACAUUGUGUGGAGAAGGUGGAUCCUAUCGUAUCAGUGAUAACAGCUGUGUGGAACCUGAAACAAAUCUGACUGUUCAUUUCUUGGGUAGGAACCUCUUCCCUAACGGUGCAUACUUAAACCUAUUGCAGAAGAAAAAUGUGAAAAAAACCUGUAUGAUGAAGGGUUGUCUUGUUCUUCAUAACAACUGGAUUAGUGGGAGGAUAAAGAAAUUGGACCGACAGAUUGUGUCAGGUUUAUGGGAGUAUGAUACUAGCAGAAUGUGCCUGCAAAGAUAGCACAAUUCCAAAUUGAUGCAAUAUUUUUGUUACCUAGUUGUUGUUGGGUUGGUGUAUCUUAUCUGCUGUCUUAGGCUAACUUUGAUAUUCACUUGGAAGAAAAGAAAGGAAAUUAUUCCCUUCCCCAAUGUCAAUAAUCACUAGAUAACCUCGGUUUCAUCAUUGGCUUUCUGCGGGGAAAACGCCUACUUAUAUACUGCCAGCCAUGAAACCUUUGCAAUAUAUAAUAAUAUGGAAAUAAUGCAGAUCAGAACAAUACUCGCCCACAUUCUUGUCAUUAUAGUGAGAUGAAAUAUUGGGAUCUGACAGCUUUUGAUUGCCGGAUAUGCUGAAUGCCUGUCUAAAUUUGUUAGGCCCAAGUCUAAGUAACAGACAGAGUCCAGAAGGAAAAUAGAACUGGAAGGAGGUCCUAUUUCAGUGGACUCAUGCAUACAGUCGAGAGAUAUUUGUGUCAGGAUAGUUCAUCCUGGUGGAAGAGAGGAGCUGUAUCAACACGCAGUUCCUGCAUCUCAGUUAAUGGAAAAAUAUCCUGGAAUUUGCGUUGCCCAUCCAGGAGUUUUCAAGAAUCCGCAGGAGUCUCUCUGGUAUGGCCAGAUGAAAAAUUGUUGCCUGGUCACAAAUAUCUUAUAAUUCCAUCCACCACUGCUCAGAAAUUUACUCAUAAACACACUGGAAGUGUAAAAGUCAAAGGUUUUGCACAAGGUAAAGAUGAGAUAAUUGAUGUGAAUAUCACUUGGGAUCCGAGACUAGAUAUUUCUGAGGAAUCUGUAGGUUCUGCGAGAGAAUUCUAUACCUCCAAGGAUAGGUGGCCAAGAUAUAAAGUGAAGAGGACUGUCAAAGCAAAGAAGCCUUUUGUACCCCUACUUCCUAAGGCAAGGUCUUUUCGGGGAUCAGGGUGGGAACCCAGCUUGAACUCUGUACAAGAAGUUUCUCCAUGAUGUAUUAUACCACCAUGCAUUCUGGUAUGUGGUCCUUCCAAGCAGUUCUUUUUCCUCUCUUCUUUUUGUAAGAGUUCUAAAUCAGUUUUCAUUGUCUAUUGGUUUUGUGACAAGUCUGCUAAAGAAACAUUUACCACAAUAAUUGUGUUUGUAUAGAAGUAUAGAUAGGUGCUAUAUUCCUUACACUCAUGAGCUGGAGGUUCCUUCUUAUGAUUGUGGAAGCUGCUGGGGCUAUUUCUUCCUUUGUCUAAAACUUUCAGAAUGUUCAAUUAUUUACCAUUGCUGAAUUAAACAUCAACAACUUUGUCUUC